ACGCAAAAUAAAAGUUGAAUCCAAAGCGCCAUUUUGCCUCUAGUCUUUCAUUUACUCCUCUCUGAAAUUUCGUCCCUCUUUGGUCUCCACAGAUCUCAGGUUGAAAGAUGGCGGGCAAGGGAGGGAAAGGGCUUUUGGCCGGAAAAACCACAGCAGCGAGCAAGGAGAAGGACAAGAAGAGGCCGGUUUCCCGAUCAUCUCGUGCUGGUCUUCAGUUUCCGGUGGGGAGGAUUCACCGUCAUCUCAAAUCAAGAACAUCUGCCAAUGGGCGAGUUGGGGCCACGGCUGCUGUUUAUUCGGCUGCAAUUCUUGAAUAUCUGACUGCAGAGGUACUUGAGCUGGCCGGAAAUGCAAGCAAAGAUCUGAAAGUGAAGAGAAUAACCCCGAGGCAUCUGCAGCUGGCCAUUAGAGGAGAUGAGGAGCUUGACACACUCAUCAAAGGAACCAUUGCUGGAGGUGGUGUGAUCCCUCAUAUCCACAAAUCCCUUAUCAACAAAAGCACCAAGGAAUGAGAUAUCUCUUUCUAAUAUCAAAUUUCUGUUAACUGAUGUACAAUAUGUUUCUCCUUGUGACUUUUGGUGUGUUCACUUAGACUUGGUUCUAUGCAUUGUUGGUUUAGAACUAUUAGUAUGAUUGUCUGUCUUUUGAGGUACUUUUAACUAUUAUUUGGUUAGAAACAUGAUUUUAGUUCAUGUUUUUAUUUACUUGGCACAUGUUGUUCCUGUUUAAUUUUUCUACAUCUUCUUUCGAUACUUUAUGUUAUAUCUUAAUGGUUUCAUUGUCUUACAA